AUGCACAUCUUUCAGUCUCCUCCGCCGCCGAUCCAACUUUCAGGAACCAAAAAUCAGAAAAAGAAUUUCCCAGUUUCCAGUUUGAAAAUGGAUUCUGGGUCGUGCAUGAAUGGAUUUUGUGGGGCAUCAUCAACGUCAAUUGAAUGGAAAAAGGGCUGGCCUCUGCGAUCCGGUGGAUUUGCCACUCUCUGUGCUAAGUGCGGGACUGCUUAUGAGCAAUUAGUCUUCUGUGAAAUGUUUCACUCGACAGAAACUGGUUGGAGGGAGUGUAGUUCAUGUGGCAAGCGUCUUCAUUGCGGAUGUAUAGCUUCCAGCUCUUUGCUUGAACUGCUUGACAAUGGGGGCGUGAACUGUAUUGGCUGCUGCAGAAGUUCUAAGCCUCACAGCACUUCAACACACGAAAAAUCUAAAUUAUGUACCAUCUCAACUGCAGAUGGUAUCAGUGGAAAUCUUGAUAAGCUGAUAUGUACACAAUCUGGUGAUGAUGUUCAAAAUGACUGCCGGAAACUAUUGGUACCUCCCGGGAAUGAUGAUCCAAUAGUAUCUCUUGGUCCAAAGAAACUGGAAGAAGAUUUUCCUGCUUCAAGAGAAAUUGGACAUAAAUUAUUAAUAAAUUUUAAUCAGUCAUCUAUUGAAUCAUCACAAAACAUAGAUGCAUACAAAGCUCAUAUGGAUGUUAAAAAUGUACAUAAAUCAUUAAUUGAAACGAACUUGAGUAUCGCGUUGUCUGCUUCAGCAAAUACAAUUCCAUCCUAUGGAGUGGUUGCUGAUGAAAGGGAAUCUUCAAUUUCUUCCUUUCAUCAGGGGUGUAGGCCCUGCCAUCUUUUCCAGAGACCCCCAAAUUCCAGUCUUUCUGCUGGGUUGGAAACAAACACUACCACGAUUUCACAGUUACUUGUUGCGAGGCCACCUGUUGAAGGACGGGUUAAGAAUCAGUUGCUACCUCGUUAUUGGCCUCGAAUAACAGACAAGGAGUUGCAACAAAUAUCUGGAGACUCAAAUUCUGCCAUUGUGCCGUUAUUUGAAAAGGUUUUGAGUGCUAGUGAUGCUGGUCGAAUUGGUCGCCUAGUUCUUCCUAAAGCGUGUGCUGAAGCAUAUUUUCCACCAAUCUCUCAACCGGAGGGCCUUCCUCUGAGGAUUCAGGAUGUGAAGGGCAAAGAAUGGGUAUUCCAGUUUAGAUUUUGGCCGAAUAAUAACAGCAGAAUGUAUGUUUUAGAGGGUGUAACUCCUUGCAUCCAGUCAAUGCAAUUACAGGCUGGUGAUACAGUAACUUUCAGUCGCAUGGAUCCAGAAGGAAAACUUCUGAUGGGGUUUCGCAAAGCAUCAACCACUAUUUCUGUGCAGGGUUCACAUCUAUCUGCCAUAAAUAGUAAUGUGUUCCAAAAUGAACCACUAUUGGCGGCUGCAGAGAAUCUACCUGUAAUGAGUGGCUACUCUGGAAUUCUUCAAUCACUGAAAGGAAGCAGGAAUUCUUCUAUGAACAUGCCAUCUAAACAUUUCUACGGCGGCAGCUUAAGUUCACUAAUCACUGAGAAGAAUGGGUCCAAAGCUGGAGAAGGUAAGUUGCCCCAAUCAUUGCUGCUUCCUGAGCGCAAAAGAAGUCGAAAUAUUGGCUCAAAGAGUAGGAGAUUACAUAUUGAUAGUCAAGAUGCGUUGGAGCUGAAAGUUUCGUGGGAGGAGGUACAGGAUAUUCUCCGCCCACCUCUUAGUGUCAAGCCAAGCACUGUUACAAUCGAGGAUCAAGAAUUCGAAGAAUUUGAAGAACCGCCCGUCUUUGGGAAGAUGGCUAUUUUUACUGUCCGCCUAUCUGGGGACGAGCAGGAACAGUGGGCUCAGUGCGAUAGCUGCUUUAAAUGGCGAAGACUACCAGUUGAUAUUCUUCUCCCUCCGAAGUGGACAUGUCAGGACAAUGUUUGGCACCAAACAAGAAGCUCGUGUUCUGCACCUGGUGAAUUGGGCCCAAGGGAACUUGAAAAUCUUCUUAAAAUGAACAGUGAGCUUAAAAAAAAGAGAUUCGCAACGAGCUACAAAUUGGCAGAGGCACAUGAAUCUGCAGUACAAGAAUCUCUGGUGAAUGCUGCAUCUGUUGGAGGUGACUUGAGUGAGCCAGGCGCUUCAUCUGUUGCAACCACUACCAAACAUCCAAGACAUCGUCCUGGCUGCUCCUGCAUUGUGUGCAUACAGCCUCCCAGUGGGAAAGGCAAACACAAGCCCACAUGCAUCUGCAACGUAUGCAUGACAGUCAAACGGCGCUUCAAGACCUUGAUGCUGCGCAAGAAGAAACGUCAAUCAGAGCGUGAAGCAGAAAUUGCAUUGAGGAAUCAGUUUACGGUGGAUUCCAAGGAAGAAGCGGAGGUUGAAAGUAUCCCCAGUCAGGCAAACUCGCAGCCUAAUCCAUCUGAUAAUGAAAAAAGAUCGGCUCUCCACAGGCCCCCGAAGAGAGUGAAACUCAACUGCAAGAAGACUCUGCCCCUGCUGCUGUUGUUCAAGAGGAUCAAGAUGGUAAUGGCGAACUCUCUGAACCAUAUCAAAGUGAAAAUGUUACCUCGUGAUAUUUUUCCUGCUUUGGUUGUUUUCAAGUUUAUUUCCUGUCCUAUCCGUGUAGAAAUUUUCCUAUAA